GCCGGGUCGCCAAUGCCAACGCCCAUGUCAACACCAAUGCCCGUACCAAAAGUUCAAUGCCCAGGUGCCGGGAACUCCGUCCUAGUCUCCAGGUCCGCCCGGCAAUAAUAGUGGGUGCCCGCCCUGGGUUUUAGGGGUCUCUCUACUCCGUAGCGGCAAGGGGGUUGCGCUGCCACUAGGCCUGUAGUGAUCCGUCUAGCACGCCGUCUAGCAAUCGAUAGGGCCAACCGGGGAUGACAAUCUGACUCGACCCAGCCGCCACUUUGUUUUGGGGGGCGAUUGGGCGAAUCGGCGAAUGGGAUCUUGUUCCUUGGCCAUGCGAGGAGGGACGGCUCCUUGCUGCCUGUUGCCUGCGUGCUGCAUUGUUGUCACUCCAUUGUACUUCGUAUCGAGUGAAACUCCAGAGGUACCGGAGCGGAGCGAGGAGAUUCAAGUAAUGCUCCGCGAGGAUCACCCGUCCCCUGUGGCAGCCAACAAAUGGCUCAUUCGAGCCUCCAGCCAGGAAGUACAUGCAAUUCACAAGGCCCUGGUGCAAUCCCCAAACACCAAAAGACGGAAGAAAACAAAGAGCAAUCGAACGCUGUCAUCACUACGUGCAGCCAGCUUUCCCGACCCCCAAACUCCCCCCCACUACGCAUCCUCCAUCCCCUGGCUUGGCCUCACAGCGUCUCGCCCGCAAACCCCCCCCCUCCUCGGCGCCCUGGCCCCCAAGGCGCCAAAACCAGGAUACUCCCAGCUCAUUGGCUAUCACCAAUCUGCGAUGACGUUCCAGGACGCCAACGCGCUGCUCGGUUGGUCUGUGAUGCUCGUGUUCUCAUGCACAAUCCUUCGCGUACCUACAUAUGGUGGGUUGCCGUGUUCGUCUCAACUGAUGCACCUGAAGAACUGCAAGAUGAAAAUAAAAUAAAUGAAUACCAAUGGGAAGAAUAAUAUCACGAUAUUAAAUGUUUAUAUUAAAAUAACCCUUUUUAUAGUGCUUGGUUUUGGAUUAACGAGAACUCCAUGUCAGUGGAGUGCUGUCACUGGACUGGACCCUGGACGCAUGAUG